CUAGAUUGUAUAAGAAGCAAUCUUGAUUCGUUAGGCCAUAUUCUUUAUUCGUUUAUUUGGAAAUGAAGACCAUAAAAAUAGUAAAAUAUUUUAAGAUAAGAGUUAUACAGUCAUGAAACAACCAAUAAAUGGUGAACUAAGCAGAAGAAGCAGGGGAGAAAGAGAAAGUCAUCAUUAUGUUUAAAAGAGAGAGAAAUCUCUGAAACAAAUUGGAUUCCCUGGCAAUGUGAAUGAAUAUGCAAGAGAGGCCAGCCCUGCUCCUGUGAACUGUUAUCCCACUAAAGUUAACAUGUCUAGACACGUCAUUAUUCAAUAGAGCAGGUCAUUGGAAGUGAAAUUAAAAUAGCUUGAAAUGAAUCGAGGUACCGUAUAAAAACUGCUCCUGGAGCUAACCUGAUCUCUAUUUGUAAAAUAUAUUUUCAUUUUCAUUUUUCAUUCUCUCUUUCUCGACAGUAGCGGCACACACUUAACUCACAACAUUGAAUAUUUCAGCACCCGAACAAAGAAUGGAAAGGUUGUUUUGAUGACCAAAUGUAAUACUCUUUCCACUUCUCCCUGCAGGUUUGGACAGCACAUAGGGCAACUAUUUAUUGCACUAAUGUCAAUGCAGGUGUUGUUGGAAAACAGGAUAAUUCAAAGUGUUCAGUUCAAAGAUAAUAUUUGUUGAUUUUCCCAUUUGGAUCUAACAGUGCUUCCCUCUUGUAGUCAGAUCAAAAAAACAUAUUGUUUUCUUUGGUUCCAAAUGAUCGCUUCAUGCCUUUAGGAAAAUCCACACAGACAAUAUCCAGGGUGACCAUGGACACUGUGACCAUGCAGGUAGCACCAGGAGUAGCAAGCCAUGAAGACCCAGCAGGGAAUACAAAGGCUGUGAAGGCCAUCUACUACUCAAAAGCCAAGGGUGAAGAACCAGAGAGUGGAAAGAAUAGGAGUGGACCGGGCUCUGUAACAGUCAAAGGCUCCAAUGGAACCAAAGAGGACCCAUUUGUCACAACCAGUACAAGACCACUUGUCAACACAAAAUACAGGGUUGUAUAUAAACCAGGUGAUAGAAUAACCUUGCCCAGGAAGCCAUACAUUGGAGACUCUAUCCGUUGUAAUGGUACAAGUGUAAGUCAGGGUGGGAGCAGAGGGGGUCACAGUCUUCUUAAAAAGCCUUCAAGCAGAAACCCAUUGGUGGGGCCAAAGGUCACGGAUGCCUUAAAAACUGACACUAAAACAGAAAAUCCCAUUGUUGGGGACUGGACUAUAGUUAUAACUGUGAAAAACACUAAACUGAAGACAUGUCCUCUUGGAGAAAAAGAUAGAACUUCGACAAAGACAUAUCCUGUUGGAAUCCUUCCUGAAAAUGCCACUCCGAGUUCUGGUUCUGAACAACCAAAAGUGAUUCCCGGCUUAAAGGACCUACCUGAUAGAAAAAUGGGUACAGAGACUGAAACAAAUGAGCCAGGGCAAGGGACUGAUGGCUUGGCGCCUACAACCACAUCAGAAACAAAUACUACUGUUCACCUGAACGCGAAGACAUGUGUCAACAAGAUUAAAUUGACACACAGGAAAGUCAAUGUGACCUGUAGAGAGAGAGUCAUUGGGGGGAGGGUGAAUGGCACAAUAGUUCAAAGUAAACCCACAACAGGGCAGGGUUUUGCUGAAAAUGAGGACAGUGCCCUAAAAGUGUCUGAAACAGGACAUUCAAAAACAGCAUACUCAUACUCAGAUAAAGAUAAUGUUGCAGAAGUGGGUAUCAACAGAGAUGGAGAGAAAACAACUGAUGUGGGAUUGUUUGGAACCAAACAAAACGAGACAAAGACUGAGAGUGGGCGGCUCACCACCUCUUUGCCGCCUCACUCCAAAGGGCCCCUAACCAACACCGCCCAUACCUAAAUAUGAGACCAUUCCUAAACAGG